AUGGUUGAGAACAUUGAAAACGAUGGGUUGCUUUACCGCAAGUGCGUAAAAUCUCAAUUUCAGGAUAGGAUCGGGAAGAUGUCUUUAGUCGUAGCGGCCGACUGCCGAGCUAUAGGAACGCCAAUAGCUCACGAGUCUCCUCUCGCUGGCCACUUUUCACACCACAUAGUAGGCCCGCUGAAUCCUCCUGAUGAUGGAAACAAAUAUAUUUUAACCCUUAUAGACUUCGCGACGGGCUUCCCUGAAGCAAUUCCGCCGAGCGAAAUAGACUCCGCAUCCGUGGCGGAAGCUUUGAUCGUCAUAUUUUCCAGAGUAGGAAUCCCCGGGGAAAUUCUUUCCGACAGAGGCACGCAGUUCACUUCACAAUUAGUGGGUGAACUUCAUAAGUUGUUGGGUAUCAAGCCUCUCUUCACCCCCCCUUAUCAUCCUAGUGGAAAUGGAAGGGUUGAAAGGCUUCAUAGUACUCUGAGAGCAUCCCUGAGAAAGCUGCGUGUGGACAAGCCCAAGGAGUGGCACCGAUAUCUUACCCCUACUUUACUUGCCCUCAGAGAAAUUCCGAGUGACAGACCUGGCUUUUCUGCCUUCGAACGCCUGCAUGGUCGCGCUGUGCGAGGUCCUCUGACAGUGCCGCGAGAUCUAGGGGGGCAUCGGAGGAGCAGGGAUGGCGAGCGAACUACCUCUCAGUAUGUCACAGAGCUCAGGGAUUAA